AGUGACGCUUGUGUCAAACUUCCGCCAGACGCAGGGACAUUCCACUUUAGGGAAAGUUUUCACCAUUUAAACUUUUAUUUUACGGAUUAUACAAGAAGUUAUUUCAGCAAGAUCCAUUUUGUCACAAACGAAAGAAAAGAAAAGAAAGAAAAUAUGGAGCCGGACACAGAAAAGGUCGUCUUGAGCCCAGUCUGAUGCGCCCCGUCUCCAUAGCGCCCCCUAGCUCCCGCCGCACCGACUCCGCCCCGUCACUGCUCCUGUCAUCACGGCGGGGCGACUGCGCUCCGUGUGCCGGGUGGUCAUCUACCUCCAGAGGGACAUGUCCGGCCACAGCUGCCCCACCGAGAGCCACUGUCCCCGGGAGGAGAGCCACGGCCGGCCCCCCGCUCCGGAGCCCCAGGUCCAGGUGUCUCCGGACAGCGCUGCAGAGAACACCCUCCACACACCACCGGGCGGCGCUGUUUGCGGUGCACAGAGUCGACCUGCGUGCGGGGCCGUUUGCAGUACACGCAGACAGACUCCAGGUGGCGCAGCGGGGGGGCAGUACGUGCGUCUGAACGUAGGGGGCGCUCUCUUCCUCUGCCCGCUCAGAGUUUUGACGCGACGCGAGUCUCGGCUCAGAGACAUGUUCAGAGGAAAGACUGAAGUCAUGAUCGACAGAGAAGGUUGGGUUCUUAUCGACCGCAGUGGGAGACACUUUGGGUCCAUCUUGAACUUCCUGAGGGACGGGUCCCUGGUCCUGCCCAAGUCCAGAGUCCAGGUCCAGGAGAUCCUCAACGAGGCCAAGUACUACGGACUCCAGGGGCUAGUACUGCACUGUCAAAGUACUCUGCAGAAGGGGAGCCAGGAGCUGCCUCUGUGUGUGAUUCCUGUGGUCACCUCCAGGAAAGAGGAGGAUUCUGUCAUCAGGGCCUCCACAAAGCCUGUGGUGAAGUUGGUGUACAACCGAAGCAACAAUAAGUACUCCUACACGAGUUCCUCAGAUGAUAACCUCUUGAAGAACAUCGAGUUGUUCGAGCGUUUGUCUCUGAAGUUCAGCUCCAGAGUCCAGUUCAUCAAAAACGUGAUCGGAGACGAGAUCUGCUGCUGGUCCUUCUACGGACAGGGACGCAAGCUGAACGAGGUCUGCUGCACCUCCAUCGUCUACUCCACCGAGAAGAAGCACACCAAGGUGGAGUUUCCUGAAGCUCGUAUUUAUGAGGAGACUCUGAACACGCUGUUAUACGAGACCGUGCCGCUGCCCGACCACACGCUGCUCGAGGCCACGAGGAGGCGCUACAACCCCUGCGGCUCCCACAGUGAAGAGGAGGAGGGGCCCGGGCCUGGACUAGCCCUGCUGUAGUCCUGGUUCAGUCCCGGUCUAGAGCGCCCUCAUGUGGAACGCUCUUCACACUACAGCUGAUCAUGGACACACUUCAUUUUUCUACAUGAACUGACACAGAGACUUUAUAUAUUUAUCUGAGAAUCACAUCUUCAAUCAUCGUUUUUAUAAUUCACCAUGUGAUAGACGAGCCGCCGUUUCACAUCCAAUCAGAAUCAUUACAAUAUUUACUACAAAUACCACGUUUUGCUUUGAUUUCCUUUUGAAAUAUAUUUGAGCUACAGUUCCGUGGGUCGUCUCUGAGGAGGAGGGAGCAGGUGGUUUUAAGGUGGAUUUAGGAACAAAUGAAAUGACAAACUCUGACGACGGAGGUGGAGGACGGGUUUGGAAUGACUGGAGUCGGUGGAGGUGGCGGCGGUGGCGGCGGUGGCGGCGGCGGCGGCGGCUGCGGUGGCGGCUUCUGCUCGUUCUCUGUGUCCAUGGAUCUGUGUGACUGAACUGAUAAAGAGCCAGAAGAAUUCACACAGGUUCAGUUUAAACACAACUAUUUGAAGUUAAAAUGGAGGAGAACAU